AUGGAUAAUGUUGCAAAAUCAGAUCAAUGUUUUUUUGACCUAAGACCUAACUCAAAUGAUUGGGAUGAAGAUAUGGAUACAAGUGAUAGUGAUAUGAAAAAAAAAGUAAUAACAGUUGUAAAUAUUCCACCUGAAUAUAGGCAUCCCCAAAAUUUUGAUAGAGAACUACAUUAUAGAUUACCAAAAUGGCUUCAGACAAAUAUUGAAUAUAAUCGUGAGGAAGUUGCCCAUUUUUGUAACUAUUUUCCACAAUUUAAUUUAAAUUUAUUUAAUGAAAUUCCCAAAAUCUUUUCAAAAGAUAAUAGUAAAGAAGAAGAUGAUAAUUUGAAGUCAGAAAAUGAAGAUUAUAACAUUGGAAAUAGAAAAUAG